AUGCCAAGACCAAGAAUCAUGAGACCGAAUAUCGUUUCUGAGGCAGGGUUGUCUACUAGGGUGAAUCAGUAUUGGGAAAGCAUUCCAUUUCUCACUUCUGCAGUAGUUAUUGUCUGUGGAGUAAUUUACUUUGUUUGUCUCUUGGUUGGAUAUGAUUCCUUUGCUGAGAUAUGUUUCUUGCCCUCUGCUGUUGUAACCCAAUUUCAAGUUUACAGGAUUUAUACUUCCAUUUUUUUCCACCUUUCGAUGCUUCAUGUUCUUUUCAACAUGAUGGCUUUUAUUCCUUUGGGAUCUGAGCUGGAGAGGAUCAUGGGAUCUGUUCGCUUGCUGUAUCUUACUAUUUUGUUGGCUACGAGCAACGCUAUAUUCCAUGUUCUCGUAGCAGUGUUGGUGAAAUAUAAUCCUUUUGUUACGAAUGUUUACCUCAUGAAUGAGUGUGCUGUUGGGUUCUCAGGAGUUCUGUUUUCGAUGAUUGUUAUAGAGACAAGCUUGAGUGGAGUUCAAUCGCGGAGCGUGUUUGGGUUGUUUAAUGUGCCUGCCAAGUGGUAUGCAUUUUUUUUGUUGGUAGUGUUCCAGCUCCUCAUGCAAAAUGUCUCCCUACUCGGACACCUUUCUGGCAUUGUAUCUGGGUUUGCUUAUACAUAUGGUUUGUUUAAUUUCCUCAUACCCGGGCCAUCCUUUUAUUCUUCAAUUGAAGCCUCCUCCUGGCUUUCAUCAUGUGUGAGACGUCCUAAAUUUAUUGUUUGCACUGGUGGAAAUCCUUCUAGCCAUAUCCCUACACAAACAAGCCAAAACUCAACCUCUGGAGGAUUAUUUUCCGGAAAUAUUUGGAGGAACCUAUCAUCAUGGAUGCCUCGAAGGGAAGCCCAGCCUCUGUCAGUUGAGGACAGUAGGUUCCCUGGGAGGGGAAGGACCCUCGGUGCUGUUCAAGGUCAAACUGCUUCUGGUUUUCAUUCCGAUUCAAAUCUUCAAGCUAGACUCUUGGAGGACAGUAGUCCUGAUCAUAUUUCAGAUUCACCCAUUCUGAAUACUACUCAAAGGUCAACAGAAGGAAGGCAUCCAGUCGCUAAUGUAGCUACAACAGGAGCGGGUGUUCCACAUCAUCAGGUAGCAGUUGUUUCAGAAGACGAGAUUAAAAAACUUGUAGCAAUGGGCUUUGAUAGGACGCAAGUGGAAGUGGCGCUGGCAGCUGCUGAUGGUGAUCUUAAUGUAGCAGUGGAAAUACUCAUGAGUCAGCAGGGUUAA